AUGCCCAUCACGAGGAGCAAGAAGACCUUUGAAGCUAGAGAGAACACCUUUGAAGCUAGAGAGAACACCUUUGAAGUCAGAGAGAAGACCUUUGAAGAUAGAGAGAAGUCCGCGCCCGCCUCCGCCGCGCCAAUGGUACUCAUCGAGAGAGACACGGCCGCGCUCCCGCGCACCACGACGUCAGCCAUGCACAUCGAUGAACAGCCUGCCAGCACGUCGGCAGCGUCCGCGAACACGGUUGUCCCGCAACGACGACUCGUCACGUCCACGGAAGGGGGGCAGGUGCAAGUCCCGCCUGUCAGAGCAAGUACCCGCUCCGUGCGAUCGAUGCGCUCCACAGCAAGUACGACGGCGCGCAUCAGACAAGCCGAGCUCGACGCGGAGAUACAAUUAGCUGAAAUGAAACAGCAGGAACUUCGUCUAGAAGCCAUUAAGGUUAAGGCGAAACUUGAACGGAGCGUCGCAAUGAUAAGGGAAGAAAGCGAAAGAGGAAGCCAAAUCGAUGAACAGGAAAUCGCCGCUGAAACGCACACGGAGGAACAGCAACGCGUCCACGACUGGUUGAUUGAAAUGGAAUACAGCCAGCCGCGGGGGGAGGGACGACGCCCGCCUCAGCACAGUAUGGAGCCUGUUCUAUGCGCGAGAAACGCGCACGCGAGCGAGCGAGAUGGAAGAUGGAAUCGAGAGGCACGAGGGAAAGAGACGGAACUACGCCCGCCUAGCCCUAUUCCUAAUCAACGUACGAGCUUUCAUGCGACGAAUAAAGAAGAGGACACGGUCGAUAGAAUAGCACAAGCGCUAGAAAAGAUCGUGAAUAAACGUCCGGUGCCCCGCCAAGCCCACGAGCUGCCUACGUUCAGCGGCGCCGCGACGGAAUGGCUACCCUUCAAGGCGGCCAUGCGGGAUUCUACAGCGAUGUACAAGUAUUCCGACUACGAGAACCUCGCACGGCUACGGAACUGUCUACGAGGGAAAGCACAGGAGACAGUCGCCGCGCUGCUAUACUCGGCGACUAGCCCCGACGAGAUUAUGCGAACACUGGAGCAAUGUUUUGGAAGACCAGAGAUGUUGAUCGAACGAGCGAUGGAAGAUAUAAAGAAGUUACCUAAGUCCGGUACGUCCGCGGGCGAAUUGAACACCCUCGCGGUCAAGUUGAAGAACAUCGUAUGCGUAUUAGGUGGCGUCGAUGAAAGAGGAUAUCUCCGAAACCCCAUGCUCACACGAGAGGUCAUCGAGAAGCUAAGCCCACAUCUCAAGUCUAGGUGGUAUGACUUCGCCUACGAACACGGAGACCCAUCGGAAGCCGAGAUAGCAACGCUGUCAAGAUUUUUGGAACGUGAGGCCGACCGUGCGAUGCGAUUUUCAUACGCCACAUCGCCCCAGUCGCGGAAGGAGACUUUCAACAAUCAAGAAAAGAAGUCGUUUUCACGUGAAAGGCCACGUAAAGACGUGAAAGUCUACGCAACCACUGAAACACCCACCGCACCGACCGUCGAGAGAGAAAAGGAAGCCGUCACAAAACGAUGUCUAUGCUGCGGCGGCAACCACGACGUACCCGAUUGUAAGAAAUACAAGAGGAUGACGGUCAACGAACGCUGGCAGUGGGUGAAAGAAGAGAAAAUAUGCUUCAAGUGCAUCAACGGAAAGCACAGGAGAUUCACAUGUAAAGCAAAGAGCGGCCCGGUCAAGGUGUUAUUGAAGGUGUGCCCGGUGGAGAUACGCGUACCGGGAGGACCGUCAUUGAAGAGGUACGCGCUACUAGACGAAGGCGCUACCAUCACGCUCGUGGACGAAGGCCUAGCGAACGACCUCGGCGCCAGAGGACAUGUGAGCCCGCUACACAUACACGGGGCCACAGCGAGUCAAAAGGAGACGCAAAGUCGUGUCGUCAAGAUUGAAGUACGAGGCCAACAUGAAGAGCAGUUUCACGACAUCACCGCCCACACGGUGAAACAACUUACGAUCGGAAGCCAGACGGUGAAAAGGAAGUUCAUCGAAUACGAACACUUGAAGCACCUACCACUCGACGACAUGAGUUACGAAUCGGCGCGCCCGAGCCUACUGAUCGGCGCCGACAACUGGCAUCUGAUUAUCUCGAAGGAAAUCCUCAUCGGCAAACGCUACGAGCCCAUCGCAUCACGCACCGAGCUGGGAUGGACAAUACAUGGCACGGUGCCACGGAGCUUGUACCGAGGGGAGGAUCAACUAGUCCUCCACGUACACGCCAAGACGGAAAAAGACGUGAGGAACUUCGCUAAUGAAGAUGAGGAAUUAAACGCGCUCAUCAAAACACACUACGACGUCGACGCCCUAGGAAUUGCCUUGAUAACGAAGCCGAGGAAGGCCGAAGAGAGAGCGAUCGACAUCUUCAAUAAAACCAUCGAACGAGUCAACGGAAGAUAUCAAGUGGGCCUGCCAUGGAGAGACGAGCAAGUAGUCAUGCCGCCCAGCUAUGAAAUGGCUUUCAGGAGACUGCGGACUAUCGAGAGGAAGAUGGAUCAGUCCCCCGAAUUCCAGGCAGCCUACACAAGCCAGAUAGAGAACCUACUCACGAAGGGAUACGCCGCAGUAGCUAACGGAGACGAGAGAGACAACGACAAGUCGUGGUACCUACCUCACUUCGCCGUGACGAACCCUAACAAGCCAGGGAAGGUACGCCUAGUCUUCGACGCAGCCGCCAAGUCGAGAGGAGAGAGCCUGAACGAUCACCUCCUAGAUGGACCCGACUUACUGCGAGCCUUACCGGGAAUUCUCUAUCGCUUCCGAGAAAAAGAGGUCGCCGUCACCGCCGACAUACGUGAGAUGUUUUUACAAGUAAAGAUUCGCCCUGAAGAUCGACCGGCUCAAAUGUUCCUGUGGAGAGGUAACGAACGAAAGAAGCCACCCACGGAAUACGUCAUGUCAUCGAUGAUAUUCGGCGCUCGAAGCUCACCAUUCCUAGCGCACAGUGUGCGCAACCACAACGCACGCGCGCACGCUGAGACACACCCCGUGGCCCUCCGAGCGAUAACAGAGAGCCACUACAUGGACGACUUCGUGGAGAGCUACGCUACUAAGGAGGAAGCAAGACGAGCAGUACACGAAGUAACCUACGUACACGAGCAAGCCGGGUUCAUACUAGCCGGCUGGAACUCGAGUAAUGAAGACGUAAUACGAGACAUACCCCCGGACCGCCGCGCGCAGCUACCUAAGGAAAUGGGAACCGCUGGUCAUCAAGGCAAGACUCUAGGUCUAAUAUGGGAGGCCACUAAAGAUGAACUAAUGUUCAACACCGCGCUGCCUGGGGUACCGGAGGAGGUCAAAACGUCAGCACGCCCGCCGACUAAACGCGAAGCCCUCAGCGCUGUCAUGUCGGUCUUCGACCCACUUGGACUGCUAAGCCAUCUCACCAUAACGGCUAAAAUCCUACUGCAAGACUUAUGGAGACAACAGAGGAUAGGAUGGGAUGACCAAGUGCCGGAAGAAGCCGCCGAGGACUUCACUAAAUGGAUACGAGCGGUCGACAGCGUGCGAGAAGUUAAACUGCCCCGUUGCUAUGCGCCAACGAGGGGAGUACUGGAACGUCAGCUACACGUAUUUAACGACGCGAGCGACAGAGCGUACGCCACGGUAGCGUACUGGCGAAUCAAAUACGAAAACGGAGAGGUCAUCAUCACGCUCGCCGGCGCAAAGGCUAAGGUAGCACCGGUGAAGGCACAGAGUAUACCGCGACUGGAACUGCAAGCCAGCCUCAUAGGCGCACGACUCGCCCACAGUAUACAAGAAGAACAUAGACAGAAGGCUGACAGGAUCGUGCUCUGGUCAGACUCGAAGACCGCUCUCCACUGGAUUCGCAACGACAUCAUCAAGUACACACCGUACGUAGCUCACCGCGUAGGCGAGAUCGCUAACCUCACGCACGUCGAACAAUGGAGAUGGAUACCGAGCGAGUUAAAUGUAGCCGACGACGCCACACGACCUAACUACGAGGUGCGAGCCGACCAAAGAUGGUUCAUUGGCCCGGCGUUCCUCCGGGAAGAAGAAGAAAGGUGGCCAUCGGAACGCACCGAAGAGGAAAAUGACAACGGACAAGACGAGAUAGUCUGCGCCACGGACAACAGCGAGGGGCCGGCCUACCUACCUGACAUAAGUCGGUUCUCCUCUUACGAGAGACUCGUCCGUGCGACAGCCUACGUCUUACUAGCCGUCGAUAAAAUGAAGAAACGAACGCGAACACUGAAACUCGCCCACAUCACAAAGGCAGAAGAGCUAUGGUAUAAGAAAAUGCAAGAGGACUCGUACUCCGACGAAAUAGAACGGCUGAAAAAGGACUUGAAGUUACGCCCGAACAGCGCGCUGCGUAAGCUCGACCCACGGAUAGACGACAGAGGCUUACUUACACUACACGGUCGCGUGGGCGUGGCGAGAAUAAGCGAGCAGUCAAAAAGCCCGCUAAUAAUGGACGGCCGCCACGCUUUCACCCGGCUACUCGUCGCGCACGCACACAAGGCGGCGAACCACGCCAACCGAGAGCAAGUUGUCAACGACCUGAAACAGAAGUUCUAUAUCACACGUAUACGACCUACAGUACGAGCCGUGGAGCAUUCAUGUCAACUCUGCAAAGUGAAGAAGGCCAGACCGAGACCGCAAGUUCACGGAGACCUGCCCUACGAAAGACUCGCAGCGCACGCGAGGCCAUUUAGCUACACGGGCCUCGACUUUUUCGGCCCUAUGUACGUCACGGUCGGGCGACAUAAGGAAAAGCGCUGGGGCGCCCUGUUUACGUGUCUCACUACGCGAGCGGUCCAUAUAGAGAUCUCACCGUCGCUAUCUACGGAUUCCGCUAUUAUGUGCCUACGGCGGAUGGCGGCGCGGCGGGGGUGGCCAGUAACAAUCUACAGCGAUAAUGGGACGAACUUUCAUGGCGCGGACGAAGAGCUGCGAGCAGCGCAGCGAGAGUGGGGUCCACAACUCAAGGACUUCGCUCUACUACAACGAACGAACUGGAAAUACAUCGCACCCGGGGCACCGAAUCAAGGUGGAGCAUGGGAGCGGCUAAUACGCUCGGUUAAGACAGCGUUAGUCGCCACACUACACGAGCGCUACCCCAGGGACGAAGUACUCGCCACAUUACUCACGGAGGCAGAGUACACGGUCAACGCACGCCCUCUCACUCACGUGCCAGUUGAACCAGGAGACAUGGAGGCGCUAACACCGAAUCACUUCCUACUGGGGACCUCCGGCGGCCUACCCACUACCGGGCCGUGCAGGGAGGUAGACAGGAGGACCUGGAGAGCCACGCCGGCGCUGGCUGACGUGUUUUGGCAUCGAUGGCUAACGGAGUACCUACCUACACUCAUACCACGUGGAGGCACACGGAGCGGGCGCGGAGCGGACCUGAAAGUUGGUGACGUCGUGAUUAUCACUGAUCCAGUACUGCCGAGGAACAUCUGGCCACGAGGUGAAGUAAUCCGACUGCAUCAAGGACCCGACGGACUGACCAGAGUCGCUGACGUACGAACAAGAGGAGGGAUAUUCCGCCGACCUCUACGACGUCUCGCCGUCCUCCCGGUGAAAGAAGGCUGCGAAGAUCUACGCCGAGGGGAGGAUGUUACGGACAGCCGAGAAGAGGAGGUCGCGGGCUAA